ACCGCCGUUCCCGCCCGCAGAUCAACAAGAGGCUGAUUCAGAAGCUCGACGGCAUCGAGGAUGGCGUCCCCGACGCGCCUUCCGUCAGGUGCGGACCAUCGCCCUCCCCCCGUUCGUCGUCCCGUCGUCGAGACUUACUCGUCUCUCCCUUCUGAACCGCAGCGGAUCGUUCCCGCACGCGCUCGUGCCCCGCGCCCCGCGCGCGCCCCACAACGCCGCGCUCAUCGCCGACGCGUCCAUCGCCCACCCUGGACUGGAAAACGCGCUCGUUCGGUCCACCCAAGUCGGGCAGCUGCUGCUCAAGAACGAGCGAGACGAGCUGGAUCGCGUACGAGACUUCGCCUCGGAGAUGCACGCGAACAGUUACGCGAUGAAGGGGAGGGACGUGCCUUGCGCGACGGAGCGAGAGGCGUGCAGGCUGUGCUACGAGACGAACAAGUCCGACACGUUGCGGUGCGGGAACGAGGUGGCGGCGUACGACAUGUGCGCGAGGGAGGCGCAGCGUUCGUUCUUGGAGGGGGCGCGAGGCGCGGCGGUUGCCAACCCUUAAAAUUAGUUUUUCGUAGUUUUGGUCUUUCGACACUCAAAGUAGGUAGCUCUC